AUGGGCCAAUAUUACAUGCUGGUAGGCCGCUACUACAUAGGGACCCGUGCACUUUUCUCUCUCUCUCUGUCUCUCUCCAAAAAGGCAAUUCUUCACUCGUUCAGUCCGCAGUCUCCCCACAGCAGAUCAAAAAAAGACAGCGGCGGCUGCCGGAGCGGAGCGGCGCCGCCGGCGACCUCAAUCGGCCCCGUCCCCGGCAGACACCCACGAAUCGAGCUCGUCGGCGCCCGUGUCCGGUCGGAAGGCGGGGACGCCGCGCGCGCGUCUCCAUCCUGCCGCCAAAAUCGUGCGAGGAGGUGGCCAUCUCUCGACCCCAUCGCCGAUCCCUCCGCGUCGGGUCAUCGGCCAGAAUCUGAGCAUUUGAUGGAGCAACUGAGUCCCAGUGGACCUGUUCCUCAACCCUCAUGGUCAUUGGAUAUCAUUCCUACGAAAGUAGCUUGCACGCUAUCACAGGGAUCUAAUGUAACUAGCAUGGACUUUCAUCCUUGUCAUACACUAUUACUAGUUGGAUCUGCUAAUGGUGAAUUUACAAUCUGGGAGAUCGGUACGCGUGAGAGGCUGGUCUCAGAGCCCUUCCAAAUUUGGAACAUGCAAGCAUGUUCAGCACAAUUUCAGCGUGUCGUGGCUAAAGAUCCCUCCAUGGCCGUUAGUCAAGUUACAUGGAGCCCUGAUGGAUACAUGAUUGGAGUUGCAUUUACAAAACAUUUGAUCCAUCUGUAUGUAUACGAGCAUCGAAAUAAAACACGUGAAGUGGUAGAGAUUGAGGCUCAUUCUGGAGAAGUUAAUGACAUAGCUUUCUCCCAGCCAAAUAAGCAACUAUGUGUUGUCACUUGCGGAGAUGACAAGCUUAUUAGGGUUUGGGAUAUGCAUGGACAGAAAAUAUAUUCGUUUGAAGGGCAUGAGGCACCUGUGUAUUCUAUUUGCCCUCAUCACAUAGACGAUAUUCAGUUUAUUUUCUCAUUUUCCCUUGACGGGAAAAUGAAGGCAUGGUUUUAUGACAAUGUGGGAUCUAGGGUGGACUUUGAUGUUCCAGGAAAAUGGUGUACUACAAUGCUCUAUAGUGCCGAUGGAACUAGGUUGUUCUCAUGCGGAACAAGCAAACAGGGAGACUCACAUUUGGUCGAGUGGAACCAAAGUGAAGGAUCUGUCAAGAGGUCAUAUUCUGGAUUUCGUAAAAAAACAUCUGGUGUAGUACAGGGUGUCGUGCAGUUUGAUAUAGCUCGGAAUCACAUUUUAGCUGCUGGCGAAGAUAAUCAAAUUAAGUUUUGGGAUGUUGAUAACACCAACAUGCUGGCCUGCAUUGAAGCUGGCGGAGCCUUGCCAAGCUUUCCAAGAUUAAGAUUCAAUAAAGAAGGCAAUCUUCUUGCUGUUACUACAGUAGACAGUGGCUUUAAGAUAAUUGCAAAUAAUGAUGGGCUCAAAUCUUUACUGUCUUUUGGUAACCUGCCUUCCGAAGUGUUCAGAUCGCCAUAUGAAGCUUCUACGGUGAAGGUCUCAGGUGCUCCUGUUGUCUCGGGCAUCUCUCCUAACAUUGGCCGAACUGAUCACUUAGACAGAAACUAUCGUGCAAAGCCAUCUCCUGUACUGAAUGGCGGUGAUCCAGCAUCUGGAAGCAUAGAUAAAAAGCGAAGAAUUUCAGAAGAAAAGUCUGAUAAAGGGAAACCUUGGGAUCUGAAGGAAGUUCUAAAUCCCCAGAAAUUUCGUCUUGAUACAAUGCUAGAAACUGACCAAGCCAGCAAGGUAUCAAAGGUGCUCGACGACGAUGACCUCCUCAGGGAGAUCAUUAUCCGCGUCGGCUUCCCCACCACCCUUGUCCGUGCUGCCCUUGUCUGCAAGCGCUGGUACCAUCAUGCCUCUGAACCCGCCUUCCUCCGCCGUUUCUGCAAGCGCCACCCGCCCUGCCUCCUCGGCUUCUACGUCGAGGACAGGGAAGAUCAUAAAAUGGCUUCUAUUCGCUUCUUCAGUUUGCUAAAUAAGCCCCAAGAGCUUGCUGCCGUCGUCCGCUCUCUGCUGGGCUACAGUUGGGACGCCUACCGCGGCGCGCCGGCCAACUUUCUCUGCUCCCGGAAUGGCAGAGUCUUCAUCAGCUUGUACGACCAGGUCAACCGUAGCAAAUUUACAGUUGGGGCGCACAGUCCAUUAUGUCCUGAGAGAGGCCUGACUGUUGUCCCACCAUUCCCACACAUUGAAAUCCAGGAUGGCUAUUCCGGCACGAUGAAUGAUCUCUUCUCGGUAGAAGAAGUCAAUGACUUGUCCUUGUUGCAUGUGUCGGUGGUGUCUAACAUGCAGAGAACAAAAUCUACGGUGCACGUACAUAUGUGGCGACAUGGUGAUGGUGUGUGGCGCACGUAUCUUACCUUGGACACAGACCAGCUCCUUGAUCCGCGACGGGAACCAAAAGCUGUGCUCGCCAACAAUAAAAUCUACAUAGCAAGCGCCCAGAGCGACAUUGUUGUCUUUGAUUUGACUGCCUCGAGCAUAUCUAUGUUUCAGCUCCCACAAGGGGUGGAGUAUGGAGAUAGAGAUACCAUGUUGGCACGGGCUCAGGAUGCUUCUGGUGUGUAUCUCAUCCAUGCAAAGAAGCUUCAGCUUCACAUUUGGCUCCACAAGGGGGACAACUGGCUGCUGGUGGACACCAUUUGUUUGCGUGAGAUGGUUGCUAAUAUGUGGAUUCCAGGUUACAGGGUUGAGGAUGAGUCCUACGCUCCUCUCCGGAUAAAGCAUGUGGGGGACUAUGCUGAGUUUAUGUUCUUGGAGAUGGGUCGAUGCGCACUUCAAUUAGAUGUCAAGUGCAUGCAGUUGCGUAAAGUGUAUAUCAUGGCAGAAGAAGAAGUGCAAUUGGGUGAUAUCCAUCCUCUUAAGAUGAUUUGGCCGCCCAUGUUCCCUGCGCUCAAGGAUAAUCCUGCAAGCUCCAAAUAAAUUUUCAUGGAGGGGGCAAAGCUCAAGUUAGAAGAGUUGGAGGGGAGCCAGUCAGCACCAUUUGAUAGAUGAAUUGCAAGUGCAAGUGUACGAAGAGGAGAAGAUUGCACAGUAGUCAUGUAAGAAUAAGAUUCAACUGGAGGCCAAGCUAGCAUUUAGGGAUGGGAGGAUAGAAGAGCUGGAAGGGGAGGUUGAAGAACAUGAUAAGAAGGAUGAUGCGCAACAAGAGCUCAAAGUCGCGGAGAUAAGAUGAUCAGAUUUUCAGUGGCAUCCCUCCGGCAGUGUUGGCAUUACCUUGGCUGCUGUCUUAACUUGCAUUUAUGUUAAGUUGUGACUAGUAAGGAAUCAACAAGUGAUUAUGUGAAAAGUGGAUGUUGAAUUUUAGAUCAUUGCUUUGUGAAUAACAACUCUGUCCGAAUAUGCUUUUUUUUUCAUAUCAAUGAAUGGUGUUUUAGAUA